AUGAGAAAGUUUGCAACAGACCACAAAAAUGGCCAAGUCUCUUUCGCUGAACAGAUACUUAGAACAUGGAAAACUCGAAGGGUGUUGGGUGAGUCAUUGCCAAAUAGAUUGCAACCUGAGUGUUCCGCGGAGUACAGGGAAUGGAUAAAGAGUAACCUUAUCAAAACCGUCGAAUUAGGACCAAAUGUCCCCUAUCACGUUCGACUCUAUCAGCUCCAAGAGAAGUAUGAGAAAAAUGAAUUAGAUCAUCAACGCCAACAGUUAGAUGACGCCAAAGUCAUAGCCCAGCUAAAGCAAGAGUUACAAAGAGUAAGACAAUGCAUGUCUGAGUUAGAUGAUAGCAUGGAGCAACAGAUCCAGUCCAUAGAAAGGUUAAAGCAUCAAGAAGGAGCUCAGCUAGCUAGCGAUCAUCUAUGGGCAAACAGAUAUGCCAUAUGGGAAGAGGUCAACAUAGCCAAGAAAAACAAAUCUAGUGAAGGAUCAGAAGGAGUGUAUUUAGAAUUGAUCUGUGUUGAUAAACUGGCUGAGCACCCUUAUUUCACCAGGUCAAAGGCUUCCAAAGAUUCCUUCCCCGAUCAAAAUUCGUUGGUACGGAAAAGGAAAAUGAAUGGUAAUAAUGACAGCACUAGUUUGACGGAUAUUGUUGUGACGGACCCUAUUGUCGCGGAACAAAAUGAGUUGAUUGCACAGUUUGUGCAACAAAUCGCCGAGAUGAGAGUUGAGAUACAGAAAAAUCGAGAGUUGUCAAAACUGGCUAUCGCCACCAACACGCCGGUUUCAGAUCUGGACCUUCCUGAAGGGUUUAAAGUACCUAAAUUUGAUACUUUUGGUGGAACCGGAAAUCCUUUGGCUCAUUUGAGAGCAUAUUGUGACCAACUAGUAGGAGUUGGUAAGAAUGAAGCCUUGCUAAUGCGGCUCUUUAGCCGAAGUUUGAGUGGAGAGGCCUUGGAAUGGUUCAGCGCUCAAAAAAUAAAACAAUGGUCUAAUUGGAACGCUUUGGCCAGAGAUUUUAUCGAGAGAUUCGCAUAUAAUGUGGAAAUUGUUCCUGAUCGAUAUUCUUUGGAGAAGAUCAAACAGAAAUCCACUGAAAGUUAUCGUGAGUAUGCGUACAGGUGGAGGAAAGAGGCCGCGAGAGUUCGACCUCCCAUGUUAGAGAAAGAGAUUGUGGAAGUAUUUGUGCGCACGCAAGAGCCCGAGUACUAUGAAAGACUGAUGUUGCUCGUUGGAGCAAAAUUUGCCAAGAUAGUCAAGGUAGGUGAGACUAUCGAGGAUGGGCUCAAGACCGGAAAGAUAGCCCGUGUAGCCUCUUCAAUUGGGUCUUCGGGAUCAUUUAAGAAGAAGCGAGAGGAUGUAUCUACCAUCUCCUAUACAACUGAAGGGAAGAGGUUUGCUAACACCAAGCCAGGAAAAUCCACACCUUUCAAGACCUAUUCACGAGGUCCACAAAAUUCACAUCAAGUUUACUACACUCAACCGAAUUACCAAACCCCAGCUUCCAGUCACCAAACCCCAUACCCAAAUGAUCAAGUCCCAUUUAACAGUUAUCAAGCUCCACCUUCUAAUUACCCAGCUCCAUAUUACCAAAACACCCCGCUAAACUACCGAACUCCACAACCAGGUUAUCAAACCCAACUGUACCCAAAAUUCCAAACUCCUGCACCUUCCCACCAAAAUCGUCCGAGUUAUCGCCAUGUGCCACCACCCCCGCAAAAUAAUUACAACCUUUCCCAACCCAACUUUGAAAAUAGGCCUGCCAGGAAUUUUACUCCUCUGGUGGAGAGUCGAACUAAGUUGUUCGAAAGAUUGAGAGACGCAGGCAUUAUUCACCCCAUUGCACCUAAACUGGCUGAUACAAGCUCUAGAUUCUAUAGAGCUGACAAAACAUGUGCGUAUCAUUCCAACAGUGUCGGGCAUGAUACUGAAACUUGUGUUAAUUUGAAAUACAAAAUUCAGGAUUUGAUUGAUCGUGAGGUCGUUACUCUCCAAACCGCCGCCCCUAAUGUCAAUAGUAAUCCUUUGCCGAAUCAUGGAGGGGUUAAUAUUCACAUGAUUGAGAUGGAAGAAGAUUGGUGUGUAACAAAGGCCAUAGUCCCAACCUAUACUAACAGCCUUGAAAUGGCUGUGGCUUCAUUGAGCAUAAAGGAGAAAUCAAAUUUUGUGAUUUUGACACCUCCAAAGGUUGUUGCUUUGGUGUCGAAAGAAAUUCCUAAUCAAAAGAAGUUCAUGAUCGAGACUGCAGCAACUCAGGGAAUGACGCGAUCUGGUAGAUGCUACACCCUAGAAGAAUUGGCUCAAGGAUGGAAUAAUAAAGAUCAACAAAAGAGACCGAUUAGUGAAGCUGAGGCUAAAGAGUUUUGGCGGAAAAUGCAGCCAAAAGAAUAUUCCAUAGUGAAGCAUCUGGAGAAAGUACCUGCCCAAAUCUCAGUGUGGGCAUUGUUGAUGAGCUCACAACAGCACAUACAUGCUUUGAUGAAAGCUUUGGAUGACACCUAUGUACCUGUGGGCACAGAUGGAGAUAAUCUGGCCGCUAUGGUGAGUCGAGUUGUUCAAGGACACCGCAUCAGUUUUUACAAUGAAGAGUUACCGUUCGAAGGUGCGAUGCAUAACAAAGCUCUUCAUAUCACUGUUGUGUGUGUCGAGAAAAGAUCAUGA